CUCUCCUCCCCGGCCAGCCAGGAGCCACGUCACCCAGCGCUGCUCCGGGGCUGCUGAGAGGACAAAACCUAACUUUGCACAGGCCCUGCACAGAAGAGAAAGGCAGCGUCAGGGACGCAGUUCUGGGAGAGAGAAAGUCCAGGGACGUUGGGGCAGGGGACGUGGAGCCUUGGGAAGGCAUAGAGAAGAGAGCUCCGGACUCUGAGAGAAGGGAAAGUUCAGCCGGAGGAAAGCGUACGCUCGGCUGAGGACGGAACUCCCCGCGGGGUUUUACAGCUGCCCUCGCCCACCGCCGCCAUGAACAUCUUCCGCAUCCUAGGGGACGUCUCCCACUUGUUGGCCAUCAUCAUCCUGCUGGUGAAGAUCCACAGGUCCAAGUCCUGUGCUGGUAUCUCGGGGAAAAGCCAGAUUCUUUUUGCCCUCGUCUUCACUACCCGCUACCUGGACCUGUUCACAACCUUCAUCUCCCUCUACAACACCGUGAUGAAGGUCAUUUUUUUGAUAUGUGCCUACAUCACCGUGUACAUGAUCUACGUGAAAUUCCGGAAAACUUUUGAUAGUGAGAACGACUCCUUUCGCCUGGAGUUCCUCCUGGUCCCUGUGACAGGCCUGUCCUUCCUGGAGAACCACAGCUUCACCCCCCUGGAGAUACUCUGGACCUUCUCCAUCUACCUGGAGUCUGUAGCUAUCCUCCCUCAGCUCUUCAUGAUCAGCAAGACAGGGGAAGCAGAGACCAUCACAACGCAUUACCUUUUCUUCCUGGGCCUCUAUCGAGCCCUCUAUAUCGCCAACUGGGUCUGGCGCUACCACACCGAGAAGUUCUAUGACCAGAUUGCUGUGGUCUCUGGGGUGGUACAGACCAUCUUCUACUGCGACUUCUUCUAUCUCUAUGUUACCAAAGUCCUAAAAGGAAAGAAGCUAAGCCUUCCAAUGCCUGUUUGAAGCCGUUUCCAGACAACACCAGAAAUUCCAAAGAUGAAACUCUAUUGACCACAGCUUUCCUUUCCUGGCCCUUGUUGACUGAAGAAUGGCUCAGCUGGGCUUCACUCCAGUGCCAGGAAGACAGCGAGGCCAGGACAGCUGGUAUGCUUGUCACCUGGAUGAGACUCUCCCUCCAUUUUGUUGUGUUUCUUCUUACUUGAAAUUGGUGCUAAUAAGUAGUGCUGGCCAAUACUAAGAAAUACAGAUCGUUUUCUCCCUGUUCUUCCUAGCACUCACCUCUAUAACAUGCCUCUACCUUACCCUGAAACACCACAAGUAAAAGGGAAACUGUCACACAGUCCUUCAGUCCCCAACAAAUGCCAUAGUGAAGAGGGCGCGUUAUCAUGAAGUCUGAUAACAUAUACAAAGGUCACUGGCCCCUAUGUGCAACCACAGAAUAGCCCAAGUUGGAAUGAACCCACAAAGACUGAGUCCCACUCCUGGCUCCACGCAGGACCAUCCAAAAUUCAACAGUUAUACCACCCGUACGUGAACUACCGCCCUCUCAAAAAUUAACUCUGCUUGAACCCCAAUCUAUUAAGGUCCGCCUUACCUUCACAUGGCAGGAAUCUUCCAUUCCACAGGUAUUCCAGCACCCUCCCCACUCACUCAUCUCCAAUGAGGGUUCCUCACGUUCUACAGAUGAGGGACAUUUCGAUUAUAAUUCAGAGGGUUGCCAACAGAUGUUCCCAACCCCUUGGAUUUGACUUCUUUUAACAACUGGGAAGAACGGGGGCAAAUGUUGUUUUACGCUCCAAAAAUAAUAAAGACAAAAGUUCACAGUUUAUUGACAACAGUGUUUUUAUUUAUACCUACAAAAGAAAACAAGAUGGUAUCAAAAGGACAAUUUACAAACUAAGAAUAGUAACAUAGCUCUUAGUAUCCUGUGUCUG